AUGUGUUACAUCGCCUCGGACUUGCUGGCCGCCCUUGUGGGCAACUCCUCUCCCAGCGCCAAAAACAUCAAGAGGAUGGUAGACAGCGUGGGCAUUGAGGCAGACGAUGACCAGCUCAACAAGGUCAUCAGUGAGCUGAAUGGAAAAGACAUUGAUGAUGUCGUUGCUCAGGGUGUUGGAAAGCUUGCCAGUGUGCCUGCUUGUGAGGCUGUGGCUGUUCCUGCUGCCCCUGGCUCUGCAGCUCCUGCUGCUAGUUUUGCCCCCGCAGUAGCAUGGGAGAAGAAAAACAAAAGAUAGACAAGUCUGAGGAUUUAGAUGAUGACAUGGGAUUUGACUUGUUUGAUUAAAUUCCUGCUCCCCUGCAAAUAAAACCUUUUCUACAUAUCUACAUAUCUUGAAAAAAAUACUGUAUGAACUUAUGAGAGUUU